AUGACAUCCACAAACAUUGAUAACAGAGUACCAAUUGAAAAAACCAUUGAAGUCAUCGUUAAGAAUGAUAAAGGUGAAGAAGUUAAAGUUAUUAAAAGAUAUCAAGAAUAUCAAAUCACUGUAAAGAGAAAUAGAAAGGUUGAUGAAAGAAAGAAAUGGAAAAAAUUCGGUGAAUGUGAUAAUAAAACUGGUUUAGAAAAUACUGCAUAUGGUGAUGAACAAUUCUUAGUAUUAACUAGAGGUGCUGAAGUUAAAGAAGAAGAGAAAGAUGUUGUUAAAUGUAGAAUUUGUAAAAAGAACCAUUUCACUACAAAGUGCCCAUACAAGGAUGCCUUAGAAUUAACCACUCAACCACAAAAAUCAGAAAAAGAAGAGAAACCAAUUUCAAACAAAUACAUUGCACCAAACUUAAGAGGUGGAUACACUGGUUCUGCACCAAGUGGUAGUGAUGUACCAAGUAUUAUGGUUUCCAAUCUUUCACAAAAUGCAACCGAAAAAGAUCUUUACGAAUUAUUUGGUCAAUUUGGUCCAGUUAGCAGAGUUUCAAUUCCAAAAUCAAUGGAAGGUUCAUCAAAGGGUUUUGCCUACGUUACCUACAAUCAUCUUGAUUCAGCUGAAAAAGCUUUGAAACAACUCAAUGGUCACAGAUACGAUUACCUUGUUUUGUCUCUCGAAUUCGCCAAGAAAAAGAGUCUCAAUUAA